AUGGCUGCUCGUUGGUCGACCCUCCUCACUGCAGUAGCUAGUCUUUGCCAGGCGGCUGUUGCGGAACCAGUAUUUCGCGAAAAGAUUAUCUUCCAGGGCCCCUUCGAAGUCGAGAGAAAUGGAGUCCGCAACAUCAACAUUGAGUACAGUAGGGCUCUCGACGGAGAGCUCUCUAUUGUCUAUGGUGACUGCGGGAUGAAGACUCCUUUCGAAGCUCACCACAAAAUUGGACGGACACACAUUGGAUCUCACCCUGCCGCGAAACGUCAUUUGGAAUGGAAAGAUCAACUGCCGACCAAAUUUGUCUGGAUGGUGCCUGAAGAUGUCUCUUUGGGUUGUUUACAUGCCUUCAUCGACAGCCAGCUUGUUGGCCGUUCUUCAGAGCACUCUGUCAAGAGUCGUAAGAUGAGGAGACGUGCAACUUUCGCUGAGGCCACCGACCCGAUGGGCCCGUGGUUUGAUGGUAUUGAGUACCUCAAGCAGAAGCAACCCGAUGAGGUGUUUGUUGCAUCUGUUAAGAACAAGACGUUUGGCAUCUUGGGCGCCGGUAUUUCCGGUCUGCACACUGGUUUGCUACUUGACUCUGUAGGUAUCCACAACUGGAAGAUCCUGGAGUCCUCAGAAAAGAUUGGCGGACGUAUUCGCACCGCGUACUUGAAUGGAUCGACUCCGGAAGAGCACCAGCACCAUGAGCUUGGGCCUAUGCGGUUCCCACACAGCAUAUAUGACGCUGAAACCAACGAAACUUAUCCCAUCAACGACCAGAAGAUGAUUUACCAGCUGGCGGACGUUCUCAACGAGAUCAACGCUGACGCGGAUUCUUCUCUGCAAGUCAAAUUCAUCCCCUGGAUUCAGAUCUCUGACAAUGCGCCCGUUGCUACCAAGGAGCGUCGGCCUGAUGGCACUGUUCCGGGUCGCAAGGAGAUCGCGGCCGAUCCCUCCCUCAUGACCAACACGACUUACUCUAAUGAAACUGCAGCCAACGAAGCAAUCCAGGCCCUUGAAGACUUUAAAGCUUUAACUCCCGAGAGACGUAAAUUCUACGCUACCAAUGUCUUCAAGGCUCACAGGGAGGCUGUCGAGACUGGCAUGUUCGACUUUUCCGAAGUCGAAUACCUGCUACACGUUAUGCACACUGAUCUCAACGUGACUGAUGAGGUUACUCCUUCUCACGUUGUCUGGCCUAUGUGGGAGUUUGAGACUGUCUACUUCCUGGCAAAUGAGUGGCGCACCAUUGAUGGUGGCAUUAGCCGCCUUCCCGCGGCCUUUGAAAACAUCAUCAAGGACCGCAUCGCCUACAAGGCGAAGGUCUUUGGCGUCAAGUACAACGAGGAUUCCAACAACCUCAACGUCACCUGGCGCGAGACCGGGGGCAACCCCUGGUCGAAGAACACUACAACCGAACAGUUCGAUUACGUCUUCAACAGCGUACCCUUUAACGUGCUCAAGUACUGGGAGCUCCCGCCUCAUUCCAGCUUGAUGCGCCGCGCCACCGAGCGCACCGUCUUUCUCGGUGCUGUGAAGGUCGCCAUGCAGUAUAAGACUCGCUUCUGGGAGCACCUAGAGCACCCCAUCAUCGGUGGCUGUGGGCGCACCGACAUCUACGGCAUCGGCCAGAUUUGCUACCCAUCCUACAACAUCAACGGAACCGGGCCUGGCGUAAUGCUCACUAGCUAUGCGCCCGACGCAGACGCGGUGGUCGCGUGCUCCAUGCCCGUCGAGGAGCAUAUCGCGUACAUCCAGCGAGCCAUGGUCGAGAUCCACGGUCCCAUUGCUGAUGAGAUGUGGACCGGCAACUACGAGCGUCACUGUUGGGAACAGGAUGAGCAUCAUGCAGGAGCAUUUGCCGUCCCCAUUGUCCCUCAGCAGCAGCUCUACCUGCCAGCUUUCUGGCAGACUGAGUUCAACACAGUGUUCAUCGGCGAACACACCAGUUUCACGCAUUCGUGGGUUUUUAGUGCUCUUGAGAGCUCUACGCGUGGUACUGUCCAAAUGCUACUGGACCUUGGUCUGAUCGAUGAGGCUAAGCAGAUCACCAGGACUUGGAUGGCAAGAUGGAUUAGCGUUUGA